UCAUACCCGGAGCGUCGGGGGGCCGCCUUUCCCAUCCAUCCUGACUCAAGGACAACCAUUAUGAGCGAGAGGGACGACGAUGUGACUCCCCAGAGGAAGCGCAUCGCGGUAGCACGGGCUAACAACAGAUUCAGUGUGGUCGGUGUCGAAAGAGGAAGAUUCGUUGCAGUGGCGAUACUGGCAACGGAGGACCAUGCACCAACUGCAAGAAUGCAGGCUUUGAGCCUUGCCAAUUCCUCAGAGUUGCGUCUCAUGAAGCACCCAUUGUGAAGAGCGACGGCUUUUCUUACAGCCUUGAAGCUUCCCGACAGUACCAAGCGAGAGGAAGCUCUGCCAUGUCAUCUCUGCAUUCGACUGCCCCAGCUUAUACUGAUGGCGUGUCAUCCUACACCAGUGAUCCCUUUGUCUAUCGUGCCCCUACUACCUAUGGAUAUGGUGCGAAGCCGUACUGCCCCCUUGCAACCUGGGGUCAUGGAUACACAGAUGAUCAAAGCUACUACAACAGCAUGUACCAAGCACCCUACUCCUCAGUUCACGACUCAGACUAUGCAAUCAGCCAUCGAAUCGCCUCUGGAACCCCAGGCAAGUCUGCCCUCUGCGUGGAUAUGGAACCAAACUACGCCUACAGUGGUGGAAACAAUGUCACGAGCUUGGUACAUCGACCUGUUCCAGUAACUACGGACUCGGGAAGCCUCGCGUACCAGACCAUGAUGCCAGACUCCACCAAGAGCCUGGGUUAUCAGAAUCUCACUCCUGACUCGAAGAGCCUUGGUUUCCAGAACAUGCCAGGAAGCGUCAACAUAGGGGACAGGCUACUGCCCGCACCAGUGGGACGGACUGCGCUACCCAAUUCGAUGGGGUCGUCUUACAAGAACGAUUCUGGUAGCUCUAUCUACAGCAGCAGCAGCAAGUCGUCGCAAGCUUCGACAUCGGGUACGUCGCCUGUGAGCAGCACCUCCGAGGCGCCCUCGAGUUACACAAGUUACGAGUCCUCGAGCAUGUCCUCCACCUCGGGCUGUCUGCCCUCGUAUCCUGCGAACCUCACUUCUCAAUACGGCCGCCAAAGCAACGACUACUACUCCUACACAGGUUCUUCGGAUGCAUCCGUGUUGGGGCCGGCCGAUUCCAUGCGUCAGGGCCCUGAGAUGACGUACCGCUACAUAGACACAACCAACUCAGUCACUGCGGCACCUCCAACUACUGCUCGUCGCGACAUGUCCACCCUCAACAGCAGCGGCAUAUCAUCCUUCCCGCUGGGCCACAGCAACGUGCAUUACAUGACGAACCAGUCUGCAGCUUACAUGAUGCCUGCUAGCGAUCUUGGAAGUGUUGGGGCAGACGCCGCUGCAGACAGCUACCGCAAGGCCACGGGGACGCUGCGAGCUUGAUAUCUGUUUGGUGUGAAGCGGGACAACUCGGAUUAGCUGCGGCUAAUACAACUGUACAUUGUUUGCUUGCAUUGAUACACGGUUUUGAGGCUUUACAGUGCGCUAUGUUUUCUUUUGGGCAGGCAAUUCGGUCAUUGCCAUGGGCAUUCCACUGUCUGUUGUUGCAAUGGUUUGGGUCUUUACGGGGUCAACGGAGUUGAGGUCCUUGACGAGGCACGAAAACGCACAAUAUGUUGUGAUGGGACGAAUGUCCAACCGAUAUCAGCUCGCUUGCCAUGGACGAAUUACUCAUUGAUCGUCCCGCCGUCGGAACAACCCCAACUUGGGAGGCUAUUAGUCCUCCAGAGAUUUCGCAAGACGAUGAGCACAGCGUUCACCGGAGAAGCACAUCAAGCGUUGGUUUGUGCCACGGUGGCGCCUCGGUCGAGUCUUAUCUCCCACCCCGAUACAUGACUUACGUGUUUUUUUCUUUCUGCUUUUCCAUUUUAUUUGCAUGAUUGGUCGUCAAAGUGUGCAGAAUAUCGCUCUUUCUUACCUUUGACCUCCUCUGGCGUUUUAUCCCCAGGGUAUUGCCUUGCAGUCCUUGAUUUUGGAGUCUUGGUACAAGAGAGGAAAACAGGUUGCUGCGUCAGUGAACACAGUCAUACCAUUGGGCCCGGACUGCAUGAGUUAUCAGACCUUGGAGUUCUGGGAGAAGGGAAAUGAGGUGUUUUGGUCUGUUCUGUUGGGUGCAUAAGUCUGUACAUUGCCUUAUUUUCG